CUCUCUCUCUCUCUCUCUCUCUCUCUCUCUCUCUCUCCCCAUGGCUGCAAGUUCAUUUUGCUUAAGGUUUUCAAACAAGAGAUGUUGAAACAACAGCUGAAACAAAGGAAGGAAAUGGAAAAAAAUUAUGGGAAGAUGUCUUCUUCCACCUACUCCAAUUCUCCUUGUGCAGCCUGCAAGUUCCUACGUCGAAAAUGUCUCCCGAACUGCGUUUUCGCGCCGUAUUUCCCGUCGGAGGAGCCACAAAAGUUCGCCAACGUUCACAAGAUCUUCGGAGCUAGCAAUGUCAGCAAACUACUAAACGAGGUCCAGCCACACCAACGAGAGGACGCCGUGAACUCGCUCGCUUACGAGGCCGAGGCAAGGAUGAAAGACCCCGUCUACGGCUGCGUCGGCGCCAUCUCGAUCCUCCAAAGACAAGUCAUCAAGCUUCAAAGAGAACUCGACGCUACCAACGCUAACCUCAUUCGCUACGCCUGCAGUGAACUCCCUGCCCCAUCAUCGUCGUCGUCAUCGCAGUAUGCUCGGAGAUCGUCGUCAACAAGUCACAUCGGAAGCUCAUCGACCUCUAGCUAUGGCCAUUACUAUUCUGGCCUCUACUUUUGUGGCCCUUGUGGAGAUGACCAUGACAAAGGAGAAGAACACAAGUAAAAUUUUCCAUUUAUGUUGAUAUGGAUAUGAAAUUUUAUGCAUUUUGCUUAAUAAAUAUAAAAGAUAAUUGCAAAUCACACCCUUUCACUUCGUGUAAUUUGCAAAAAUGGUCUCAAACAUUCAUAAUUUGCAAAUAAUUUUAAAAAUUUAGAGAUGAUUUUGAAAAUAUACAAAAGUGGAAGGUGUAAUUUGCAAUUAUCUUGAUAUAUAUAAAUAUGUGUCGUAUAUUUUAAGGUUUGCCCAUGUCCUUGUAGGGUUUAAUGUAACCUAUUUCUAUUA